AACAAAUUUAAAGUGAAACAACACAAAACACUGCAAACCAGAACACAAUAAAAUAUAAGUUAAAUUAUGCAAAACAAAAAGGAGAUGCACGUUCUCUGUCAUAUAGGCCUGGGAUGAUUUUUUUGGGAGAGUGUUUUCCAGCUUAGAAUUGCAUACAUGGGAUUCAGUGCAUGAAUAAACCUUCUGAAUCCUUUAACAUCCACAACUGAAAAUAGUUGGAAAUCAAGUGCAGUAAUUUUUGCCAGGUCUUUAUCAAUUGAGUUCUGUCUUGCUGGGUUCAAAGACAUCUGCCAAAACUGUCUCACAGAGCUCUGGGUUGAUUUAUGUGGUUUUGGUGGUAUACUGCAAGCUGCUGUAAAUGCAGCAGCAGUAGCAACAGUUGCAGUAGACACACUGGCAUCUUCAUUAAUAUCACACUCAACUGAUUGCGUUUUAUCUUCCCAUUGCACUGAUGGGUGGACAGUUCUCAGGUGCCUGUGCAGGUUGUUUGUGGAGCCGGCUCUAUAUGAUAUCCUUAUCUUGCAGACUUUACACUCUGCCUUUGUAUUGUCAAUAAAAUGAAAAUGGUUUCAGAUUGUGCUUCUUUUCUUGGUGUCACUCAUUUUCAUUACUAUACCUUUCUAAUGUGUCAAUGUUGUCUCUUGUUGUCAUCCCUGGCCCUCUUUCUCUCCCUCCUGCUAUGUUCCUGUGCUACUGUGAGUGUAACUACCGCCCCCUCCCCCUUCUGCUCAGCGCAAACACAAGGCUCAUGUGCGGCAUGAAGCGAAAAAAAAGUGCGAGAGAGAGAGAGAGAGAGAGAGCAAAGAGAGAAGCUGUCUGGAGCAACAAUAGGAUGGCAGACUCUGUAACAACUAUGGAGGCAAUCAGUGAUGAAGAUUUAUUUUUUGAGCUUUACUGUGAGGAAGUAAAUGACCCUCCAUUACCAAUAUGCUCUACCUGCGGAGACCUUCAACACAUCAUUACAGGAGUUCCUUGUUGUCACGUGAACACAACAUUGUUUAAUAUCAGAAGUGAGUUAGUGUCUCAACAUUUGGACACUCCUGCUGAUGAAACGAAGAAUUACAUUGUCGCCAGCUGCAGCAAGAGAAAAAACCUUCAAGAGACAAACAUGAACAGCCCAAAGCCCAGCAACGGGAAACCAGAGGAAGAAAUGUCCUGCCUGAAUCCAGAAGAAAAUGGGGAUGAAAAGAAAAUUCAAUCUGCUGUGCACUGCUUUGAACAUACAACUCCUCAGAAUUCAGAAGGUCUAAUAUCAUCAGGACAAACUGAGAACAGCAUCACUCUGCAGUGGAAUAAAGUCAACAACAAAAUCCGCUUUAUUCUCCAGUUCAAUGAUACAGAGACAAACAUCAGUGUCCCAGAUGAAGAUGGACCAGUAACUCACACAGUCUCAUCUCUCACUCCUGGAACUCAAUACACAUUCACUCUCUACUCUGUGUUUGAGAACGUCAGAAGCAGUGGAGUCAGCAUUACUGCAGUCACUGCUCCUCCAAAUGCUGACAGUUUCAGACCAGUAGAACAUCAUGAGAACAGCAUCACCCUGCAGUGGAAUAAAGUCAACAACAAAAUCGGCUUUCUUCUCCGGUGUAAUGAUACAGAAACAGAAAUCAGUAUCCCAGAUGAAGAUGGACCAGUAACUCACACAGUCUCAUCUCUCACUGCUGGAACUGAAUACACAUUCACUCUCUACUCUGUGUUCGAGAACGUCAGAAGCAGUGGAGUCAGCAUUACUGCAGUCACUGCUCCUCAGAAUUCAGAAGGUCUAAUAUCAUCAGGACAAACUGAGAACAGCAUCACCCUGCAGUGGAAUAAAGUCAACAACAAAAUCCGCUUUAUUCUCCAGUUCAAUGAUACAGAGACAAACAUCAGUGUCCCAGAUGAAGAUGGACCAGUAACUCACACAGUCUCAUCUCUCACUCCUGGAACUCAAUACACAUUCACUCUCUACUCUGUGUUUGAGAACAUCAGAAGCAGUGGAGUCAGCAUUACUGCAGUCACUGUUACAGCUCCUCCAAAUGCUGACAGUUUCAUACCAGUAGAACAUCAUGAGAACAGCAUCACCCUGCAGUGGAAUAAAGUCAACAAAAAUGUCAGCUUUGUUCUCCAGUGUAAUGAUACAGAGACAGACAUCAGUGUCCCAGAUGAAGAUGGACCAGUAACUCACACAGUCUCAUCUCUCACUGCUGGAACUGAAUACACAUUCACUCUCUACUCUGUGUUUGAGAACGUCAGAAGCAGUGGAGUCAGCAUUACUGCAGUCACUGCUCCUCAGAAUUCAGAAGGUCUAAUAUCAUCAGGACAAACUGAGAACAGCAUCACCCUGCAGUGGAAUAAAGUCAACAACAAAAUCCGCUUUAUUCUCCAGUUUAAUGAUACAGAGACAAACAUCAGUGUCCCAGAUGAAGAUGGACCAGUAACUCACACAGUCUCAUCUCUCACUCCUGGAACUCAAUACACAUUCACUCUCUACUCUGUGUUUGAGAACAUCAGAAGCAGUGGAGUCAGCAUUACUGCAGUCACUGUUACAGCUCCUCCAAAUGCUGACAGUUUCAUACCAGUAGAACAUCAUGAGAACAGCAUCACCCUGCAGUGGAAUAAAGUCAGCAACAAUAUUGGCUUUCUUCUUCAGUGUAAUGCUCCAGAGACAGACAUCAGUGUCCCAGAUGAAGAUGGACCAGUAACUCACACAGUCUCAUCUCUCACUGCUGGAACUCAAUACACAUUCACUCUCUACUCUGUGUUUGAGAACAUCAGAAGCAGUGGAGUCAGCAUUACUGCAGUCACUGUUCCUCAGAAUUCAGAAGGCCUAAUAUCAUCAGGACAAACCGACAGCAGUAUAAACCUGCAGUGGGCCCCAACACAGACCGGGCCCCAACAAUCCAUCUCUCAUCAGACAUUCAUUCAUGCAUUUGACUCAGAGACAAACUUUACAGCUCCUCCAAAUGCUGACAGUUUCAGACCAGUAGAACAUCAUGAGAACAGCAUCACCCUGCAGUGGAAUAAAGUCAACAACAAUGUCAGCUUUGUUCUCCGGUGUAAUGAUACAGAGACAGACAUCAGUGUCCCAGAUGAAGAUGGACCAGUAACUCACACAGUCUCAUCUCUCACUGCUGGAACUCAAUACACAUUCACUCUCUACUCUGUGUUUGAGAACAUCAGAAGCAGUGGAGUCAGCAUUACUGCAGUCACUGCUCUUCCAAAUGCUGACAGUUUCAGACCAGUAGAACAUCAUGAGAACAGCAUCACCCUGCAGUGGAAUAAAGUCAACAACAAAAUCAGCUUUCUUCUCCAGUUCAAUGAUACAGAGACAGACAUCAAUGUUCCCAAUGAAGAUGGACCAGUAACUCACACAGUCUCAUCUCUCACUGCUGGAACUCAAUACACAUUCACUCUCUACUCUGUGUUUGAGAACAUCAGAAGCAGUGGAGUCAGCAUUACUGCAGUCACUGCUCCUCAGAAUUCAGGAGGCCUAAUAUCAUCAGGACAAACGGAAACCAGCAUCACCCUGCAGUGGAAAAAAGUCAACAUCAACAUCAGCUUUGUUCUCCAGUUUAAUGGUACAGAGACAAACAUCAGUGUUCCAGAUGAAGAUGGACCAGUAACUCACACAGUCUCAUCUCUCACUGCUGGAACUCAAUACACAUUCACUCUCUACUCUGUGUUUGAGAAUGUCAGAAGCAGUGGAGUCAGCAUUACUGCAGUCACUGGUCAGUUAAUAUAUUUCAGAAAAAUGCACUUUUGUAUGAAGAACAUAAUUCCCUGUAGUUCACUACUGAUUCACCAGACUAGAAUAUGUUUGCAAGUUACAAUUUUUUUCAAAUCGUGUCCUAUUUAAAUAGCACUCUAAUAAAACUCAGCAGUUGGGUAACAACAAAAACAGUUACACAACCCAAUUGCCAAUAACCCAAAA